AUGGCCGACUUCAUGGAGGGGGGCAGCUUUCUGCCUACCAUCAAGUGCUCCAGUUGCGGCGUCGACGUCGAGAUCUCUGCCAUGGGCGACCAUGUCUGCAGUCCACUCGCAGCUCCGUUACAACCGCCGCCGUUAAGAAUCACAACCACCCGAUCGUCGCCCUUUCGAUCGCCUUCACCUUCGCCCAUCUCGACAGGGACAACAGAGUCAGAUCUGGCCUCGCGAUUUCCGUCACCACCGUCGACUGCGCCCUCGCCCGGUCGAUUUGGACCUCCGCCACGGAUCGAUCCCGCCGCUGCCAAUCGUCCCUUUCUGCGUCCAGAUGUGAACGCGCCUAGCAGCAACAUCUCGCACUCGAUAUCCCCGCUCUCGGCGGCUGUUCGGUCGCCAUAUGGCCCUCUUCAACGCAGCCAGACGACGCCGCUGCCUGGAGGUCCGAUAUCACCCGAACUCACCAACCUUGACUGUGCCUUUCCUCCAUUCCCAACCGCCCGGUCACGGUCAGGAACGCGAUCGGGCAGACGCAGUCCGCUGCCGGACACGGUGCCGCCUCCGUUGCCAGAAGGCGUCUCCCGGUCUGCCAGUCCCGCCUUUACGCUACCUGCUCCCCCCCAGUCUGAAUCCGGCAAUACCUAUGGGUCGCCGCCAUCAUUUUCGUCUCUCAGAGGCCCCGUGUCGCACAGGAGAGAGUUCUCGAUCGACAGCAAGAGCAGCUACCGCACCUCUCUCGCCAGCACCCGCUACGGCGACACCGGCUCGCGGCCGUCGACCUCGCACUCUCAUCGACCCUCGUUGGCCAGCGUCACCAAAGGGCCGCAGUCCUGGCUGGAUGACGCCCCGCCGCUGCCGCCUGCGCCGCUGGGCAUCCUGAGGAGCCAAAGCCCGGCAAACAGUAUGCUUACGACGAUCACCAGCACGGAUGAGCAGCAUGGCAAAGGCAACACCUACAGCGGCUUUGAUUUCGGGAUCUCUCUAGGCGGCCAGAGGAGCCCCAACGGCGAAACAGCCGAGCUGAACACUUUCCGAGUGUCUCACAAUCCCUCCGAGGGGCUGAGCUCGCGCGGAUCGGCCGAGUUGUUCCUCGGCACGCCCUCGCCAGGCUUAUCCAUCCCUGCUUCCGACCUGGCCGACCUGGCUUUUGAGCACUCCCGGGAAUCCAACAGCACAUCACACGGCAGCGUCACCUAUAAAGCUUUUCGCCCUACGGACCAUCUGCAGCCAACCAGUACCACUACGACGACGACGUCGACUCAGCAGCCACAGCCCGAGGCAGAAGACGAAACCCUGUCGAUGUCGAAUCUCGCUCAGGCGCUGGGGCUCGAUACCGAGAAUGGCACCGCAUCGACGAUUUCAUCAGACUCGUCAUCCCCUUCGGGCACCCACAGCGGUGGCAGCUCUGUGUCCAGCCUACUCUCCGAAGCAAGCCUGUCGCGCCGCAAGAUCUCCGAAUCCGGCCGGCUCGGUGCGGUCAAUGAGGAGGCUUCUUUUUCUUCUCAGCAGAACAAGCCUCGGUCCGAGGCAGACGAUGAAGCCAUCCACACCGAGAGUCCCGUCGAGUUGGCUCCGCCGCGCAUCCCAGAUCCCCUCUUCGCCAGUCCGGAUUCCCCCACGGAUCCGGCCAUCAUGAGCCGAGGCGUGGGCGGGCUGUCGCUGCUGCCAGAGAGACGUCCUCCGCCUGCACCAUCAUCUCCACCAGCCUCACCGUCGCCACCCUUGCACUCAUCGUCACCGUCGUCACCACCGCAGGAACGGUCAUCGCCGCCCAUCCGACCACUCAUGACGCGCGCCGCCACGACCCCGCUGACGAAACCCGUGCGGUCCAAGGGCCGGUGCCGCGGCUGCAGCGAGAUGAUCAUGGGCAAGUCUGUGUCGUCGGCCGACGGUCGGCUGAGCGGACGGUACCACAAGGCAUGCUUUGUGUGCCACCACUGCCGCGCGCCCUUCCAGACGGCAGAUUUCUACGUGCUCAACGACCGACCGUACUGCGGACCGCAUUACCACGAGCUCAACGGGUCGCUGUGCGUGGCGUGCGGCAACGGGAUCGAAGGACAGUACCUGGAGACCGUCGGGUCCUCGACCUCGCGCCGCGGCAGCAGUCAGAAGUUCCACCCGGAUUGUCUGCAAUGUCAUACCUGCCGCAUCAUCCUGCGAGGGGACUACUUCGAAUGGAACGGCCAGGUGUACUGUGAGCGUGACGCGCGUCGGGCCGCUGCCGCCACCUCGCCGACCGCCCGUCGCCGCCCGGCCAUGCCCUCGUCGCCUCUCGUCCAGUCGCAUGGGUAUCCCGAUCUGGCUCCCGGUCCGCAUCUUCGGCCUGGCCAGCGACCUGGUCCGGGUCAGCGACCGUGGGGAGGGCCGGAGAGACCGCCGGACUCGCCGGGGGGGAGGCGGUAUCCUGAGCGACGCACGACCAAACUUAUGAUGAUAUGA